AUGAGGCUGCUACGGACCAUAGAUUUUAAUUCAUUAGUUGACAAUUGUGUUCAGAAUGGUGCUCGACUAAAAGAUGCCAAAUCUGGUCAUGUUCCUAUAGAAAGCGUUAACGACAUUUUAAACAAACUAAAAGUUGGCGAUUCGUACCAGUUAAAGAGAUUUUCGCAUGAUAAGACGUACCUAUGUUUUUUGUUAAAUUUCUGGUCAUUCAAGAGUGUAAUUUCUAACAAUAAGUUGUUACAAAGUUAUGUGUAUGCAGUUUCAAGAUUUCAAUAUACAGAACUUGAAGUUAUGUGUUCUUCCGAUGACACGAUCAUAGAAUCAUUAAUAAAAAGACAGCGUAUCAAGCUUAAAGCUAGUAAUCGCGUGUGCAUCGAAGAAUUGCUUCUAACUUCCGAAAUAGACAUCAGCGACGACUCAUAUACGGUAACACUUCAUGGAGCGACGAUACCAGCGAUCCUCUGCGAUAUUAAGAAGAAUAUUUUAAAAUUCAGAUCUGAUAUUCCUGAACCAGUGACCCAAUUUUAUCUAAACAGUGAUCAGGGUUUCUUUCUUAACUAUUUAGAAAAUUUAUAUGAAGUAACUCCGCACCCUAAAACGUCAUUAAACUGCAUAGAGACCCAUGAUAUUGAUCUUACAAAACAAAAGAUCUCCUUUCUUAUUGGCAAAAAUGGAACUAGAAUAGAACAAAUUAGAGACAGUUCAGGCGCAAUAAUCAAGAUAAUUCCACUUCCAAGAAAAUUGAAAUUGAAGGAACAAAAUUGUCCUGAUUCGGUGCUACAAACAAUAUCCCUUACUGGGGAGCCAUGCAAUAUUGCCAUGGCACUUUCACUAAUCGCUUCUCAACUUCAGUCGCUCUACUACAUUGAGAAACCGUGA